AUGAGUGACCUUCUUGUGCUUAUCCUUUUGGCCCUUUUCAUGGCUGCCACUUCCUUUGCAGCUGGCUUUUUGCCCUGGAAGUUUGGCUUACCGCUCCACCAGUUGGACUCGGUGAUUGUUGCCAGUAUGGGUAUUCUUGUGGGUACAGUGUUGGUGCUUGUGAUUCCCGAGGGAGCAGAAACGCUCUUUGAGGGCCGUACUGAGGGCCCACAUAUCUUAUCUACGUCGUCAAUUGGUGGCAUUUCGCUUCUUGUUGGGUUUAUGCUUAUGUUCUUGGUUGAUCAGUACACCGUGGCUAAGGAUGCUAGUCCUUCUGCUUACUCGGACGAUUCUUCGUGGUUGGCUCGGUUUGAAAGUACGCUUUAUUCUACGUUGACCGUUGGUCUUAUGCUUCAUUCGUUCGUGGACGGUAUUGCCUUGGGGCUGUCUUUCUUCCACCAGGAGAACGCGUUCCAUAUGUUCUUGUUCUUUAUGAUCAUCAUUCAUAAACUCCCUACGGCGUUUAGUUUGGCGGUGGUGCUUCACACUGAAGGCUUUGCCCACUCUGUGGUCAACUUCCACCUUCUCUUGUUCUCCUUGUCGACGCCAUUCUCGUCCCUUCUUACUUAUGGAAUCAUCUCGGCAUUCAAGUUGGACAACGACGUGGUCUUGGGCAUCUUGCUCUUGUUCAGUGCCGGUACUUUCUUGUACUCUGUCAUUCAUGUCAUGAUGGAGGUUCACCAGUUCAUUCACAGGAACUGA